AUGAGUGAUGAAGUGAAGCAGUACAGCUUAGAGGAGAUCAAAGAACAUAACACUGCUGAAUCUGUCUGGUGCAUAUACAAGAAUGGGGUAUACGACAUUACACACUACAUUGAUGAACAUCCAGGUGGUGGUGAACAGCUUCUGGAUGCAGCUGGAGGUGAUCUGACAGCCGAAUUUGAUGACUUUGGACAUUCGGAUAAUGCUCUUCAAAUUCUGAAAAAGUUAAAGAUAGGUGAACUGAGAAUGGAAGACCGUGUCAAAGGAAAAAAGACUGAAAACAAAGAGAAAUCCAAAGGAUGUUGUGCUAUUAUGUAG